AUGGAGAGCAGCGUGGUGCACAUUUACAAAGAGGACAGGUGUCCCACGGGACAACCGGGGGAGUGCAUCCCAAACUUCACCUGGCAACCCGUCUUAUCGGACAUCUUCAACUACACACCCAACGGCACCUGGGACGCAGAACCCGAGCCCAUGUCGCCCAUCAUCCCCAUUAUAGUCGCGGUGUACUCGGUGGUGUUUGUGGUGGGCUUGGCCGGCAAUUGUUUGGUGAUGUAUGUCAUCAUUAGAUACACCAAAAUGAAAACAGCCACCAACAUCUACAUCUUUAACCUUGCUGUGGCUGACGCUCUGGUCACCACAACAAUGCCCUUUCAGAGCGCCGACUACUUGCUCAGCUCCUGGCCAUUUGGCAAGGUGGCGUGCAAAGUCUUCAUCUCCAUCGAUUAUUACAAUAUGUUCACCAGCAUCUUCACUUUGACCAUGAUGAGCGUGGACCGCUACGUGGCCGUGUGCCACCCCAUCAAGGCCCUGGAUUUCCGCACACCCGUCAAGGCCAAGAUCAUCAAUGUGAUCAUCUGGGUGCUGUCGUCCGCCGCUGGGAUCCCUGCCAUGAUACUUGGCAGCACAAAGACAAAUAACGGGACUACUGAGUGUGCCCUACAGUUCCCGGAACCCUACAUGUACUGGGACACCCUGAUGAAGAUCUGUGUCUUUAUCUUUGGCUUUGUGGCACCUGUCAUCAUCAUCACAGUUUGCUACACACUGAUGGUCAUGCGGCUGAAGAGCGUGCGCCUGCUGUCGGGCUCACGCGAGAAGGACCGCAACCUCCGCCGGAUCACUCGUCUGGUGCUGGUGGUGGUCGCCGUCUUUGUGGUGUGCUGGACGCCCAUCCACAUCUUUAUCUUAGUCAAGGCUCUGUCAGCCAACGUGCCCGAGACCACUGCCGUCAUGGCUGCUUACUUCUUCUGUGUGGCGCUGGGCUACACCAACAGCAGCCUCAACCCUAUCCUCUAUGCCUUCCUGGAUGAGAACUUCAAGAGGUGCUUCAGGGACUUUUGCUGCCCCGGCGCAAAAGGACACGGAGACUGUCAGGGGGUGAGCCGGGUGAGGAGCACACUGCGGGACCACUCGUGUCCCACAGAGGCCCGGGGAGAUAUGAGGCAAGCCAGGCCCGUAUGA